AAAAAUGUCUGACCGAAAAGAAUCUCCUGCUCCUAAAGAUAAGGGACCUGGGGAAGUCUGGCACGGUAGUAAACAAUCUUCGACGUCUGCAGAAAAAGGACCCAUACAGCUCUGGCGCAGUAGCAAAUCUGACGAGGGCAAAGUGAAGAGACUUACACAGGUUUAUGAAGAAAAGGAUCGAAGUGCCAUAACCCCUAUGAAAUUAAUGCUGCAUCCGGAUAAGCGAAAGUCUGUAAACUCAUUUCAAGGACAGGUGGCGGUUGAAGGCACAAGAGUACCUUCAGAUAUUGGUGUUCCUAAACUUCGUGGAAUUUUUGAGUCCAUACAAAAUCUACUCCAAAGAGAGGAAUUUGACGAGGACAUGAGAUCAGAAUUAGAGUGUAUUUUCCCCAAUUAUCAACAAAUGCUUGAGGAAAGAAUUUGUGAUCUGGACAGAGAAGACAAUGGGGUUGUCGUGGCAGGUGAAACCAGCUCAGGAAAAUCAAGUCUAAUAAACACAUUGAUUGGAGAAAAUAUUCUAAAGUCUAGAACAACCGAAAAUACUUCAACAAUUUGUCGGAUCUGGAAUUCAUCAAACAUUGGACUUAAGGUCUACAAUGACAACAAUGAAUGCAUCUACUCCAAACUGGACUACACCAGAGAACAACUCUCCAAAUUCCGAGAAGACGUCAAGCGAUAUACAGACGUAGAAAGCAUGUCCGAGAACUGUUCCUUUGUAGAUAUAUUGUAUCCUGUGCCCAUAUUAAAGGGGAAAACAAUUCUUGUCGACACCCCUGGAGUUGGAGGUACAAAACGUCUAGAAGAAUUAAUGUUGAAGUACUUACAAAAUGCAGUCGCUUUUGUCUUCCUUGUAAAUGCCUCAAACGCUGGUGGUUUGCAAGAUGAUAAGCUUCCACGGAUAUUGAAGGACUUAACACUUUAUCAUAAUGACAAUAAAAUGCCUUGUUUUGAUCCGAAUGAUGUCAUCUUCUGUACAAAUAAAUGGGACGCUGUUGAACAAUGCUGUGAUGAUGAGAGUGACGAAGAUGACGUCACAAUGACGUGGAAUAAAGUGAAGAAGUCGAUAAAGAGUCAUUGGGGAUCUGUGAAAGAUGACCAGAUUUUUCAAAUUUCACUCAAAAAAAUGAAAGAAACUGGGGAAAGCAAGUACAAAGCGGAGUAUGGAAGAUUUAAAGAUAAGUUGAAAGAAAUAAUAGACCGAAAUUACAUCUGUCGGAAACAGAAACAUAUCAGGUUUUUGACUAGAAUUCUACGUAUAAUAGAAAGGGGAAUAUGCGGAAGAAUACAGGCUUCUGAAUCUACGGAGGAGGAAUUUAAAACAAAGGUUGAUAAACUCUACAGCACCGUUGUGGAUCUUUCAAACAAAAAGAAACAGAUUGAAAAAGAACUUCAUGUCAAAAUAGAUUCAACAAUUUCGAAACUUUGUACUGACCUUAUGGAGUAUGUUCGGUCUAAGGAAGGCAGGGACGAAAUUUUAAACCCGCCAAACAAAAAGGAAAUCAAAGAAAUUAGUGUUUUAUUACUGCAGAGAAAAGUGAGAGACAGAUAUUGUGCGUUUCUUGGCAACUGGCGCCAAGGUCCCAAAGUUAUUUCUGCUUUUGGAGAUUUGGAGCGAGAAAUUAAAGAAUCAUUUACUUCUCUGCAGGGAAAAAUUGAACAAGUCGAGAACGAUCUGAUAGAAGAACAAGAUUCUUUAUUAUAUCCGGACUUGAGGCAGACACCUGUAUGGUUCAAAGAAGAUGGCAUAGCAGGGAUACUAUCUGUCAUUGCUGGAAUAGUACUGCCGUCACUCUUCUCGGCUGAUUUUCGAAGCUUAAAAUCAGAAGAGAAAAAAAUGGUUAUAAUAGAAAGGUCUUAUGAAGAGUGUGCUAGAAUUUAUGAUGAAGAAACCACAAAACAAGACUUGAAUGUGAUCUAUGGAAACCAUUACAGAGAUGUUAUAGAUGCAAUGCUUAAUAUGACAAUAGGAAAUGAUAUCAAAAGCUUGUAUUAUACUUUUGAAAAACUGCAUAUGGAUGGGAAAAGGUUUGAAUACAAAGCUAAAUAUGACAGAUACAAAAUUUUCCAUGAAGCUUUGAAAGAUCUAAAGCGAAAAAUUGAAGAAGCAGACGAUAACCUCGCUCAGGAUUCCAAUCAAUCAACAUUAGCUGAGUGCACGUGAAUAUGCUUGCCUGACUUUGAAUCUGCAAGAAUUAGG